AUGGCUAAGAUCUUUGCAACUGGAACUACUGGCUAUAUAGGGGGCGAUGCUCUCUACCUCAUCUCACAAAAACACCCAGAAUGGGAACUCACAUGCCUGGUUCGGAACAGUGACAAAGGCGCCAAAGUUGCUGCUGUCUAUCCGAAAGUGAGGUUGGUCUACGGAGACUUGGACACUGUAGACCUGAUCGAGGAGGAGGCUGCCAACUCCGACAUCGUCUAUCACUUUGCCAACUGCGACCAUGAGGCUUCGGCGCGCGCUAUCGCUAAAGGGCUCGCACGGAGAAACCGCGAAGGCACUGGUUACUGGAUUCAUACAUCCGGAACACUAAUUCUCGGCUGGGAAACAAUUGACCUUGCCGACUUUGGUAACAGAUUGGAUAAAGUGUAUGACGACUGGGACAACGUGGGCGAAUUGAUAUCUCAACCCGACCACGCUGCUCACAGGAAUGUCGAUAAGAUCGUUUUGGCUGCUUCAUCGGAAAAGGUAAAGACGGCGAUCGUAUGUCCUCCAACGAUAUGGGGUCGAGGUAGAGGCCCAGACAAUACACGUUCUGUUCAAAUAUACAUGGCAACUUCAAGCUUUCUAAAGCGCCACAAAGCCUUCAAAGUCGGUAAGGGGGAAAAUAUCUGGCACGAAAUCCAUGUUCAGGACUUGUCGAACCUCUACCUUCUCCUCGGCGAGGCUGCUGUCAAUGGCGGCUCGCGGGCGACCUGGAAUGACCAGGGUUAUUAUUUGGCUGAGAACGGUCCUUUUGUAUGGGGAGAUUUGAUCCAGGAAAUUGCAAAUGUUGCUCAUAAAAAUGGUCUACUGCCAGAAGCAACUGUGGAAAGCCUGAGUCCGACAGAAGCUGAAACAUUUCUCCCCAAUGCCAGGCUGCUGAUGGGGACCAACUCAAGGGGGGGAUCCAUUCGAGGAAAGAAACUGCUGGGUUGGAAACCUGUUAUGCAUGGAAUUAUGGAAGAAAUUCCCGAGUGUGUGGAGAGCGAAGCCGAGCGCCUUGGUCUGAUCAAACGCCAUGCAGCAAAAGUUGCAGGAUAG